CCCCUUCUGUCGAACAAUCCCCACGCAGGACGAGUGCGUUAUCGAGUGUGUUAUCUACUGCAUACAUACACUUAAAGACAUCAUUUCAAUUUAUUGCUGUGAAAUUUCUACAAUACUUGUCAAAGAAGUCUUUUUCUUCAUCAACAAAUAUGACAAUCAGAACCGCCCGUCCAGACCGAGGACAACAUUUUCGGCCACGUCUGCACUGUCUCAAAAAGUUGGAUGCCAUUGUGGUUGAGAUGCAGGACCCAAAAAGUGUGCUUAAAGGCUCUGAACAGAAACUCAACGUCACCACCAUUCCACAUGUCAUUGCUGGUAAAGACAUCAUUGCAUGGAUUGCUAACAAGAUGGCGUUCACCACAGAAGAAGCGCAGACCUUUGGCACCAUGCUAGUGGCCUACAAUUACAUCUAUGCCCUGCAGAACCACAAGAAGCUGGUGAUGUGCAAUGACAGCAGCCUUUACCGGUUCCAGACUCCAUACUUUUGGCCUACACAGAAAUGGGUUGCAGAUGACACUGACUACGCCAUUUACCUGGCAAAAAGAAACAUCCGCAAGAAAGGCAUGAUGGAACCCUAUGAACAGGCGCAGUACAACCACCUGCAUAAAUGGCUAUACCACAAGUGGGACUUUAUCGUGAUGCAGGCCACUGAGCAGUACAAAGCUGGUAGAGAAAGAAAUAAGUCAGAUCGUGUGGUGUUCGAUUGCCAGGAGAGAGCUUACUGGAUUGUGAACAGGCCACCGCGUCGUACUCAUAGUGCUUUGGAUAAUGGUCCGGACCGCCUUAUUGAUCCCAACACAGAUGAGAAAAUCUCAUUUGACCAAUACAGACGCGUGAACAUGUUCUACCAACAAGCCAUCAUGAGGUCCAAAGUCAAAUCUAGUGUGUCACUUGGAGCACUGGUCAAGUACAUCACAACCUACAAAAACCAUGAUCCUUUUCUGGCACCCUGCCUACCCAGCAACCCCUGGCAGACAGACAACGACUCAUACUGGACUGUCAAUAUGAGAAGGGUUGAGAUCCCAACUAAAAUGCGAGUCGAGCGUUGGUCCUUCAGCUUGUUCGAGCUACUGACUGAUCUACGAGGCAGGGAUGACUUCAAGAUCUUCCUCAAGAAGGAAUUUAGCGGGGAAAAUUUAGCCUUCUGGGAAGCUGCUGAGGAGCUGAAGUGGGGAACUGCAGCUUCCAUGUCAACUAAAGCUGAGACAAUUUUCAAGACCUUCCUGGCCCCUGGCGCACCCCGCUGGAUCAACAUUGAUGGCAGGACUAUGGGUCUGACUGUUAAAGGCUUGGACCAUCCUCACCGCUAUGUGCUUGAAGCUGCGCAGACACACGUCUUCUUGCUCAUGAAAAAGGACACUUUCUUCCGUUACCUCAAGUCGCCGGUGUACAAGGACAUCCAAAAGAAAGCAUUGAACCCAGAGCCUCAUAACUUCAGUCAAGCCCAGUUAGAGCAAAACGCUCACAACCGAAGCCCAGGUAUCCACCCCAUCAUCCUUUGGAAGCAAGAAGAGGAGGAAAACGCUAAGGCUGCUGCUGCCUCUGCCCCUGUCGAUGUUAAGGCCAUGAUGAGUAAAAUUGACAGAAAGAAGUAGUAAAAAAAAAAAAAAAAAAAAGUUUGCAAAUGGUGAGUUAGUACAAUUAGAUAAAUUGCCAUUUCUAUCCUAAAAUAAUGACGUAACAUUUUUUGUAAUUUUAUUAUUUAGUUAAUAAAUUCCUUAGGAACAAAACUAUCUGGUACUGUUGAUAUGGCACCUUAUCUUACUCUAAAAUAUACAAGAUACAUAUACAUAUAUAGUUAAAUAUACAGUUAAUCCCUACAUUAUUCAUAACCAACAUGCUUUUUUUUGUUUGGUGAAUAUUUCAAAUGGAAAUGACACAAGUACAGUAAUAUAUUUAAUUGAUACAGUAUUUAAAGUCCUUACAAAAACUAAUAAAAAUUUGGUCCGGUAUGAAUAGUUUGGUGCUUAACUUGUACUGUUAUACAGUAUCCUAUGUACACUGUGAAAUUGGUAUCAAAAUGUUAUCAAUUGUCUGUAUCUGAAUGCUUUAACAUAUAAUACAGUAUGUAGUCUUGACAGUCGAAUAGUUAUAGUCAAAAUGCCCCUAAUAACAAUAUAGGUUCAGUUUGGUGGUACACUGAAGCUUCGGAAAUGUAAGUUCUUUGUAUAAAGAUUUGAUUGUAUUUGGGAUCAUGAGAAAAAGACCAACAUCGUGUUUGUAUUUGUGUAAAUGUGUUAGAAAUGCCCAAAAAUAAAGAGGCCAUAUUAUUAUCAAAAUA